AUGGCAGUGUUUGGGGAUAACAAUGGACGUUGGAUUGUCGGCUUUCACCGUCGCAUUGGAAACUACUCGCCUCUCCAUGUUGAGUUUCAUGCAAUUCUGGAUGGACUUUUAACUGCUUGGAACCAUGAUGCUCGCCAGGUUGAAGUCAAUACCGAUAAUAGCCAAGUGGCUGGAGUCCUAAAUUCUAAGUCGCAUGGUCAAGAAGUAGCCAUUCUUAGAAGAAUUCGACACAUCCUCCAGUUUCAAUGGUCUGUUGAGUUUACUCAUUCUUGCAGGGAAUUAAAUACCGUUGUUGAUGCUCUUGCUCACCUCGGCUACACCGAAAAUCUGGAUUUUACUGUCCUUCACCAUCCUCCUGAUGGGUUUCAUAAACUCCUCUCCAGAGAUAUGGCUGAGGCUUGCUGA